AUUCUUUGGCUCUACGGAAUAGCAUCCAUCGAAAAACGGGCUGAAAACGAAUCCCGCUUGUAUCGGUAUUCCGUUUGUAUGGCUGGGACCGCCUCAGCUGCCGCUGGGUAGUUGGCAACCGCACGCGGAUGCGACAAGACAAAGAGAGUGCCGGAUUGAACAGAUUACGGCUUUUUCUUUUGUCUCGCAACUCGGUUAUUUUUCGCUUUUUGAGUCUGUCCAUGUACUCCGGCGUUAUUUUCUGUGGACCAAAGGAUUCGGGCCAAUCUACUAUCUUCCUGUCGGUUGGGCCCCUUCCUCUGCAUUUGAACCGGUGAACGGAGUCUUUCUUAAACAGUCCUGCGGUGGUUCUUCGCAGACCACUGCUUUCCAGCGCACAGUGAAAGUGGACUUCAUGAACCAGCACUGACUUUCCCGAAAGCUCUCUUCAGAGGCCGAGCUGGUUUGACCAACAUUUAGCCUUCACGUCCGGUGAAAACCAACCGGGUCCUCUUGUGGGCACGCUUACUUUUUGAGGAGUAAACGCGGUGUCCUCGCUACCAUCUACCAGCAAAACAGUCUUUCCUCAUUAAACGCUCAGUCACUCAGUGUCUUCACCUAUACUAAGGGGUACGCGUUCCGGCCUCCACUCCCGGCCCUCGCAUUAGUUACGAAGGACCUGCGUCGCUCUUCCCGGUUUUUACAUGUUGGUUCCUCCCUUUUUUGUGAUCGAUGGCAAACUCUUUUUUCUGACUCGUCUCUCUCCACUCUCACCACUGAAACCUAAACUUGCAUCCAAGCAGCUAGACUUCGACCGUUUCGCUGUCGGAUCAACUUUACUUUCACUCACUUGCCUUUUGCCGCUGCAACCACUCGUGUCUACUCACCUCGGUUUGCCCCCGUUCGCGAGCACGGCACGCGACAGCGAGGUGUCGCCGUCGUCGGUCCGUGACUCAUCUCACCUGUUUCCAAGAACCCAUAAGGCGACCAGCAAUGCGAAAAAUGCCUCUCUCUUCCCAUUUAGGUCCUGGUGGACCUCACUCUUCGUUUUCCUCACGCACCGCGAAAAGGUUUUCUCCCGAGGACUCCAGGACUGCAGGUGACUCGAACAGAGCAGCACAGAUGUCAACACCGUCACUGGGCGGGUGCCGACUCUCAAAUACUUCAAGUGGCUUGUCUUCUGCCGGCGACGUGCGGUUGCCAUUAAAUCCCCUUUACCCCUUAUCACACGAUGGAGGCUACCAUCCUGACCUCGCUCUACACCUGGCAACGAAGCAGGUUCUCAGAGAAGAGCCGGUGCGUCCCCCGAUUCUACGACCGAGCUUCAAAUUCGACCCGGCAGCUUCUUUCGUUUCGCAUGACGGGACUGGGGCUGGAGAAUCAAGCGGAGAGGAAUGCGAGCGCUCCAGAUGCGAGAAGCCACCCUGUGCGGAGACCGACGUGGAUCUCUCGGGUAAAAUUCGUCUGGCGGUACAUGUCGACAACAGCUCUUUUUCUGGACCGUCUAAGGCUUUUGAGAACCGCGAGAAGCCGCAACAACGCGCGGCGGAAUCCAAGGACAUUUCCCCUGAGCAGGAACUGACUUCACCGAGGACCGCAGAAAGGACCCCUGCUGCAGGUGAGGCUCCCUCGACGCAUGCAGCCCCUUCGGUGCGACAAGGGCAGACUGCUCUGCCGUACGGCAAGUCGCCUUCCACGGCUUUGGCCACGAGAAUGCGGUGCCGUAAUGUUCUCCUUUGCUACGCCCUUCUCGACCCGUAUAACCAGGGAUACAUCGAUGUCCAGGAAGCCUGCGACGCCAUCGGGAACAUUCACAAACAGGACAAAGAUGUCGCGGAACUCCUUCUGGCGCAACUCCAAGAUAUGACUGCUUACGUGUCCAACAGAGGUGUCAUUGAAAAGCAGGACUUCCUCGCUCAAGUACUUCGUCGAGUCGAGGCAGAUUUGGCGGGGUCGACGCCGUACCACUGUCUGAGGAGCAGCUCGAACCCGGUGGCGAAUGCUUGGCAUAAAGGUCGACCAUUCACGACGUUACAGAACCGGCGUUUUUACCAAGGCAAAUAUGUCCCGAAAGGCGUCCAAAUCCAUCUAAAGCAAGCAGAUGGCGAUGGAGACUUGAUUCAGUUCCACCUGAGGAGGCGAGGGGGUGGCGGGGUGACUCUCCAGGAAGACAGGCCUCUGCCCUAUCAAGCAAAACCCCGGGCCAAGGGGACGUUGGAGGACCACAUCCAGAAGGGACUCCUGCGGCGCAUGAAGAAGCUCGCUCAGAUCAAAGAGGACAUCCUGACCAAGGAAAUGGUCGAGUGCACGUUCCAUCCUAAGACCACUCCACUUCCUCCAAUGGGGAAGCCGUUUCCGUCGAGAGAGACCGUUCGGAAUAUGAUUGAGCAACAGGAAAAGGCGAGAAUGCGCAACAGGGUUUUCAUAGAGCACGAGCCGGGAAACAGUGUAACUCACGAAUUCUCCCUUCCUCCUGAACUGACUGAGGCAGAGAAAAAAUCGAUUCGAGGAGACCUUCGCAGCGACUGGAGUUUGCCAGUACAAGAACCAGCAGGCGACGAUUUCUUCACUUGGGUCGUGCACACAGGCGAUUUGCCGACGAAGCGGAGAGAGGCGCCAGCUGCGUGGCGGGCUCGUGAACUUCCGCAAGUGCCGCCAGAAGAAGUGGAGUUUGUUGGGCAGCCACUUGAUAUCCCGCCCCUCCGUCCAGAAGACAUCCUGGGGCUGCCGCAGAGGCAAUCGCAAGCGGACGAACCUGAGGUCCCACUAUUGCGGCCAAGCCAGCCGGUACGGCGCCCGGAGCAAGGCAUGCCAUGUCAACAACAGAGGGCUGCAGCUCCUGUUCCGGUCGGAACCACGCUGCUUCAGGCUCCGUAUGUCACUGAGACAGAACGCAAUUACAGAGACGACCCCUUCGCGUCUGCAGACUGGAGGGCUGAAGAAGACCCACUUGCAACUCAGUUCGACGAGUUUGAGAAAAAAGGACCUCUACGUUUCGAUGCGCUUCCGGCGUACUACCGCCAGUCUUUGCAGAAACUGGCUGCAGCCGCAGACGGAUCGAAUCGUCGGCCGACACAGAAGGAAAAAGAUGCAAAACUGCAAGAGUGUUUGAAGAUUCUUGAGGAAGCUUGCUGACGGGUGUGCGUAGCUCCUCUCGGGGCUCGCUUCUCAGACAGGGAACCCGGCGGAGCACGCUCUCGAGCUUCGUCGUCGGAGUCAAGAGACGCCUCCUGUGGGAGCCCACAAUACCACACAUAACACUGCUUCAUGGAAACCAACGCAGAAUUCUACAUUCGCC